CACACUGACCUCACACCAGCCAAAGGUGUGGGCAGAACCCAGCAAGGAACGUGCAAGCCUCACAUUUGAGCAGGAGGAACUGAGCCAGCCCAAGGUUACAGCACCCAAACAUGGCUGGGACUGUGUGGGACAUGGUGUUUGUAGGUGUGUCCUGAGGAGAUUCUUCUGCCUCUCUUCUAUAUUGUACUCUUGAGCAGAGGAAUGCACAGCUGCUGUAAUGCAAGGGACAAGAGUUCCUGAUGAAGGAAGCAACACAUGCAAGUGUUUGCAGGUGAAAAACAAGCAUGAGACUGAAGAUUGGUGCAAGAUCCCCGUAUCUCUAGAAGGCAGAAGAUGCUGAGCAGAAACUAAGGUGAGCCCAGGAAAUGUUGGAGACCUUGUCAAGUGGUGUAGAUGCCACAACACCUCCACUAGCAGAGAGCUCAGUGAUCGUGAAGAGGGUCCCAGCUCGAGCUGCAGCUCCUAAAUUGCACCAACCCCUAGGAAAGGCUUACAGGAACCACAAUGAGCCAGUGAGGGGAACAUCCAAGGCAAUUUCUGACUCUUCUGCCCCUCUUUCUCUGGCCCAGCUCAUUAAGACCCCAAAUCUGGCUGAGGCCAACGCUGCAGAGGAGGACAAGAUCAAAGCCAUGAUGAUCCAGUCCUGCUGUUACUAUGAGCCCCUCAAGUAAGUGUUGUGACCUGAAGCCACCCUUGGGUCCUGGUCCAUCAUCAUCUACCAGCCCCGUUCCCAGGCUUAAAAGGAGCUCAGGAAUUCCCAUGAGUUUUAUGGUGGAGGUGAAGGACCCCAACACAAAGGGAGCAAUGCUUACUCCCAGUGGGAAAUAUGCCAUCCCAAUUAUUAAUUUGUAAGUAUGGAUUUAAUUGCACUGACCAAAAGUGACCGAGAGAAGCCAUGGGGAAAUGUCUGAGUGGCAAAGCCACCACACUGGCCACAACCUGUCCUUCAGGGCAGGAAGUGUUGCCACUGUAGCUGAUCCACCCCAGAGGUCACCCAAAAAUCCCAGAUUCUGUAAGCAAGGAAAUAACAACUGCAGGACAAGAACAGAACAAAUCCAUUGUGCUGAGGCAGCAAUGCGGAGGGUCCAAAAUCCAUCCAUAGCUCUGGAAGUUCAUUGGGCACAGGAGACUGGAGAGAGAUGGACCCUCCUGGAUGCUUUUGCACUCUCACAGUAGCAGCUCUUCAGCCCUGGCAGCAGGAACUUUUCCAUGGCACCAAGUUCCUCCAUGGGCAGCAGUGCUACGGCAGCAGCUGAGAGGUGCUGUCACAUGAGCAGAUGGAGAGGAAAGAAAACACACCAACCAAAUUUCGGAGGAAAACAAGUCGGGAGAGGAACUGUUUGAAUUAAUUUCUUUAUGUCCUUCUUUCACCCAUACAGAAAACAACAUCCACAGCCAAGGUCUCCAGCUGGAAUGGAGCCUCCAAAGAAAAAAGUGAAGAAGGCAGACAAGCCAGCUUAAUUCAUGUUCUUCACUCUUAAUUAAUGUUCUAAAUUAUUGGUUCUUCUUUCUUCUUCUAACUUCCUAUUCUUAUUUCAUUGUUCUUUAUUCAUUGUUCUUAUUUCAUGUUCAUGAUUCAUUGUUCACUUCUUGUUCUUGUUGUUCUUCACUGCUCUUAUUUCAUCUUCCUAUGUCUCUUACAAGACAUAUUUGAGCAAUAAACAACACAGCACUGAAAUGAACUUACUUUGCUCUACUUUUCCCUAGAUGUGCUGCUUAUUACAAGCCUUGUCAUGUCCCUGGAGAUUAACUUCAUUGGUCACUACUGCAGACAGUGCCUUUGAUGCUGGUUUUCUUUCUCAUACUGUAUGCAAUAAACAGCUCAAGAAAUUAGGGACAAGAAAAAAU